GAGGAUGGAUGAGGACAGAAGAAACAGGGCGGAGAGGGUAUUACACCUCACUCUGGAGAUUCUCUACUUACUGACCGGAGAGGACUAUGUCGUGGUAAAGAAGACUUUCAUCAAUGAAUUGAGCAGAAAGCAGAGCCCCACCAUGGAGCCUCUACUUCCCUCAUUGACACCAGAGAGAAACAUUGACAAGAAGAUCCUAAAAGUCACCCAGAAGAUCGUCGACCUGCUGACAGGAGAGGUGAGUGGUGGUGCCGGGAAUUCUGGGACAUUCUCCAAUAACAGACAAGGGAUGUGUCUGGAUGGUGACUGUAUCAUUGUGUGUGUCAGGUUCCUAUAA